CAUUUCGUAUUUCGUACUUUCCAGUUCGUACCUACGCGUUUGACACGAGCAUAUCGUGUCGAUUAAUAGAGAAAGAAACGAUCGAAUAUCAACGUCUAUUGGCCGAUCGAUCGGUGGCCCUUGUCGAACGAUCGCGUUUUCUCAAAUUUUGAGGAUCGAUCGUUAUCCGUGAUAUCGUGAUUCCCAGUUCGACGAUCUCCUAAACACCUAAACAACCCGUAACUCGAUCGAAAACAUAUUCUGUGCUAAUUUCUUUAGAAAAGAAGAAACAACUACUCGAAAAUGCUGCAAUUAUUUGUGCAUCGAUUUCGAAAAUUCAGUUAAAAACUGCGCGCAGGAAAAGUCGAACGACAUUGGGAUGUGUACGUAUGCGUAUCAUCUCUCCACGGAAUUCGAAAUAGUUUCGCAGAAAAUUGCAAGAGUGUGACGGACCGCGACGCGUAACGAUCGUUUAUGUACGAAUCGAGUGUAAUCUUGGAAGGAGGGACCCGCCGUCCGAAUCCGAUCGGUUCUUCGUCAUCGAAAGUUUCGGGAGCGAUCGAGAAGAAAUUUCUCGAUGGUUCUUCGUGGCUUGCUGGCACCGGCGGCAGCGCGAUGGACACGAAAUAAAACGCCGAAAAGGGUCCAAGAGAAUCAGGGAACCGGCGUCGGUGAAUCGCGUUAUGGACCGCAGGUGAUGAGCGUGUUGUGUUUAUGCACCACUGUCCAUCGGAUCGCUCAGAGCAAGAACCAGGCUAGCAAAAUACUUCCCAGUUUACCACCAGUUUCAUCCGAGGAAGAUAGGAUAACCGCGACGCAGGAAAUAUCUAUCGACGAGCUGGCUCUAUUAGCUAAACUGGAGGAAGCCAAUAGGCUUAUCGAAUCGGGUGCAAAAUCGUUGAACUCGCUACAGAGCAAUCACAGUAGGAAAGGUUCCGACACAUCGCAGGUGUCCGUGGCGUCGGGGGGCAGCGGAGGGAACGGCGAUGCUGCGCCUCGACGCCACGCUACGGUCGAUGGUGAAGAAAAUACAUGGACUCUGUGGGGUCACAUCGUCGCAGAUUGGGAUUAUCAUUGGAAGAAGAGGAAAGAGUUUGUCAAAGAGUUAGUACGUCAGGGAAUACCUCACCACUUUAGAGGUAUCGUUUGGCAACUGUUAAGCGGUGCUCACGACUCUCCUGUUAAAAAGCAAUUUGCCGAAUAUAUCAAAGCCACGUCGGCGUGCGAGAGGAUAAUCAGAAGGGACAUAGCCAGAACGUAUCCCGAGCAUGACUUUUUUAAGGAGAAAGACGGGCUUGGCCAAGAAAGUCUGUUUAACGUUAUGAAAGCGUACAGUCUUCACGAUCGUGAAGUUGGAUACUGUCAAGGUUCGGGAUUUAUUGUAGGAUUGCUCCUCAUGCAGCAAAUGCCGGAAGAGGAAGCUUUCGCUGUACUGGUAGCGCUUAUGCAAGAGUAUCGUUUGCGAGAUAUGUUCAAGCCGAGUAUGGCCGAGUUAGGGGUGUGCAUGUAUCAGCUAGAACAUUUAGUUGCUGACACGCAUCCCGAGUUACACGCUCAUUUUAUGGCUCAAGGUUUUCAUACUUCUAUGUACGCAUCGUCUUGGUUCCUUACGCUUUUCACCACAGCGCUGAGCCUACCGCUGGCCUGCCGCAUUUUUGACGUGUUUCUAUCCGAAGGCAUGGAAAUUAUUUUCAAAAUUGCGCUGGCCAUGUUGCACUUAGGCAAGGAAGAUCUAUUGAGCUUGGAUAUGGAGGGCAUGUUGAAGUUUUUCCAGAAACAAUUACCCGGAAAAGCCGAGAAAGACCCCGAUGGACUCAUGAAUCUUGCCUAUAGCAUGAAGAUCAAUCCGAAAAGAAUGAAGAAGUUAGAGAAAGACUAUACCGUUUUGAAAAUGAAGGAGCAAGAAGAGAUGGUCGAACUUCGUAGGCUCAGAGCGGAAAACAGGUUACUCAGGCAAAGAACCGAGCUUCUCGAGGCUGAGUCUGCGGAACUGGCGGAUCGAUUGGUCCGGGGGCAAGUUUCCCGCGCGGAAGAAGAAGAAACUACGUUCGUUGUGCAAAGGGAGUUGGCAGCACUCCGACAUACGCACUUGGAGACCAGUCAUCAGCUCGAGCAGGCCCACGAGGAAUUACGAUCGCUGUCGUUGUUGCUGGAGGAGAAUGUCAAUUCCAAGCAAUCGUCUCUCGAUGAAAUUUUAUCGAAGCAGGAGGCAUUAUCUCAAAAAGAAGAAAUGAUACAGUGUUUGCAAGAGGAAUUGGUUAGAGUCAGACUGCACGAAGCGGAGAACGAUGCGACGAUAAGGGAGCUCAGAUCAAGAAUACAGGAACUGGAGGAAGAUAAGAAGACGUUGCGCGAAACUACACCGGACAAUUCGGUUGCCCACUUGCAGGAGGAAUUAAUCGCCGUGAAGCUGAGGGAAGCGGAAGCUAAUCUCUCUUUGAAGGAUCUUCGUCAAAGAGUUGUGGAGUUGAGUGCUGCCUGGCAAAGGCAUUUGCAAGAGCAUCGUUCGGCUCAAACAGCGCCUGCUUCGGAUUCCACUCCGAAGAAGCUUCUAUUUUGGGAGAAUAGGGGCCACGAAGUGCAAAAGUUUGAGGAAGAUUUAAUGACAACCAGGAUUCGGGAAAUGGAAGCCUUGACGGAGGUGAAGGAACUUCGGUUGAAAGUGAUGGAGCUCGAGACUCAAGUACAGGUAGCCACGAACCAGCUUCGUCGGCAAGACGAAGGAGGGAAACAGGUCAAGGAAGAGCUGGAGUCUGCUUUAGCUAGAGAAAAGGAGCUUACUGCCAAAUUGAGGGAGCAACAACACAAGUAUUCCGAUCUGGAGUCAAAGAUGAAAGAUGAAGCUAUGAUGGCGAGGAUACGCGAUGCGGAACAUGCGCAACAAGUGGCCGAACUCACCCAGAAAAUAUCCAUUCUCGAAUUAAAGAACGAAGAAAUGCAUGCCGAGGGUGAGCUUAGGAAUAAUUUGGACGACAGCGAGAGAGUAAGAGAAUUGCAGGAUAAAGUUGCAGAAUUAAAAGCUGAGGUCAUGAGGCUAGAAAGCUGGAAGCAACGUUGGACAGGUCGCGGUAGUCAAAGCGUGAGGAGCUUUAGUGUUGACACUGAAAGCGAACUGGACGAGCGGGAUCUCAGAAUUUGUUUACAGGAUCAUAUCAACGCGACUACACCAAACUCUCCAGAGAUCGUUGAAACCGAAACGAAACGAGAUAAUCGGGAGUACUUGUAAAAAGUUCAUACCCGGAUAGUUCGUUCCGUAUAGCGACUUCCUCGGAUGCGAUAAUUACUUCCAACGUAUGUAAGUAGUCGCGCAGAUCACGAUCAUUGCUUUCUUCUAUUUCGUUCGUCUCUUUGGUUCGUUUGUUUCUUUUCUCGUUCGUUUGAUUUACAGCUUACACGAACUUUUAGACCGCGAUCGCGCGAGCAUCGAAUUUUUGCAACGUUGCGCGUCGCGAGUUUCUCGCCACGCGCGAUUGUUCUAUGCGCGUCGUGGUUGGCGAUUGUCGGUCGAAGCCGAAGUCGAAGUCGAAGUCAACGUCAACGUCAACGUUGCGUCGCGCUACAUCCACGACGUGGUUAUGCAAACGCUGUAUGCAAACGCAACGCCGCAACAUUGCGCGAAUUCAAGGCUCGCGCGAUCCCGGUCUCAACGAUUCGCGUACACACAUGCUCGCACAGAAUGUUCGAAUCCAUCGUGUUCGAACCGUUCGUACGCUACGCGCAUCGAAUACGCGACUCGUUAACAUUAGCAACCGCAUUGGCCGCACAUGUGUAUUUGUCUUUCCGAUGGAGCAGGGCUUUGUACCGCAGCACUCGAUAACGAUCGAUAACGAUCGAUAACGAUCGAUAACGAUCGAUAAGUCGAUAACGUUCGAUAACGGUCGAUGACCGUCGAUAACAAUAGAAAAGGGAUCUUCUUCCUUUUCCGUCUACGCUGGAAAUGAUUUCGGCUAACCUUUUUGGGCGUGUUUUGGGCACGUCGUCCAAUCGUCUUUCGUUCGAUCGAUUUUCGUCUCGGUGCAAUCGAAGCAUUUUAUUAUUUUCAUCGAAUAUCAUAUUCGCUGAAUACUAAAUUUGAACGUAACUUUCCGAAUUCGAUGGAAACGUAUCGUCGUACGGUAAACUGUACCUAAUUGCAAAUAGGUUUAUUUUAUCGACGAAUACUUUCUACGCGUUACGGCGUUACGGCGAAAACGAAUUGUACAAUCCGUAGAAAGUAAGUUAGCGUCUUCUCGCUUUAGAGUAUUCGAGGAAACAGUAUUUAAGUGUAAAGUAUUUUCAAUUUGUACAUGUGUAUUUAUUGUCGACUGUAAUUAUACAUCGUUCCAGGUGUAACACGCGUUGUUGGCGUGCACAUAAAAAUCAUAACGAAAACGUGUUUCUUUUGAUUGAUCGUCGAGCAAGUACGAUCAACGUUUUCCAGCGUUUCGUGUCGCGCGAUCCGACGGAUCCAGUUUUUAAACGAAAUACGACGAAAGCGAGCGCGCACGCACGAUCGUCGAUCGCGAGUUUUCAUCUUUGUCUUCGUUCCAUCGCGUUCGUCGUCGUCGGGAAAGUACGAACCCCUGCAAUUCGAAAAUGUGUUCGCGUUAUAAAAUAGCUACGUCGAGGCAGCGAAUCGUUGGCGCGUUUCGCUCGAACGUUCGAACACGUACUUUCCUCGGGUUGUUGGCGUAACAUCGAAGAGAUCUUGAAAGAUUUUAUACAAUUUUUACCGUUCCAACGAUAAAGCUGGCUCGAUCCGAUAAAUAUUUCCAACCACGGAAGGAAGCUGGUCGGGUUGCUGCGCGAGAAGCGACAGAUUUCACCCAAGGCGACCAUGGAUACCGAUAUCUAGGAUAAAGAGUAAACUGUUGCGUACGUAAGGUAUCUUCGGGACUGUAAAUUUACGGAAAACCCGUAAAUAUCGGGUGCAACGAUUCGAUAUACGCGCAACGUCGAAUCUUUUCGGAUGUUUCGGCAUCGAUCGAACGCGCGCGUUCGUUCACUUUUUAAUUCUAAUUCCGAUUCUAAUUCUAAUUCUAAUUCUAAUUAGGUACAACGAAUAUCGAUAGCGGCUGUCAUCGUUUCGACGCUUCCGGCUGGACGAAGCGUGAUUACCUUCCCUUUUGUGGCUUUUACGGUUCGCGAUAAAACCGUUUAACGCGUUCCAUCAUCGUAUUCGAUCGUCGACCGAUCGAUAUAGUUUUGCGAUCGAUGGAGGAGGAACUUUUGUCUAUGUUCGACUAAUUUCGCGCGUACGCGUACGUACACGCGUAGUAUACCCGUUGGCCGGGCGGUUAUACGUUGGAAGCGAUUCGACCUCGACCACGUUCGAUCGAAUCGUUCGAAAACUGCACCGUUGCGGAUAGUGUCUUCGAUGGAACGGCGAGUAACUUAUUCUGGAAUAAACCGUGGUUGAAAGUUUCUUGAGAAUUUGUUGGCCAACCUCUGCUACGAUCUCGCGAUAACGAUUAAGCUUAAUCGACGUUGGUGUACGCUGAUCUCGUCGCUGAUCUCAUCGCUGACCAUUAGCCGUUUCCAGUCGAAAAUUCUUCCCCGCGACGAGAAAACUUGUCAUGGCAUGCGAUAAAUAUAUAAAUGUGUAUCGCGUUGGAUUCUUCGUUCCUGUCCACGGAUUUUCUUUUUUAAGAAACGACCGCUAAAGACCUAUCGAAGACGGGGAGAAUCGUUCUCCGGGCCUCGCGAAGCGACGACGCGGGACCGUGUCCGUUGAUUCGGUCACGGGCAUCGAUCGCUUAUCGGGUAUUUUACGAUGAAUCCGAGAGAGGUUUCGUUCCAUUUCGUCGUCGGAUGGAGAGAACGCGGGCCGAGAAAAUAUAUAACCGGAAAGAUCGCAUAUUAUGUACGUAGACGACGAUUAGUUCGUACUAUACCGUUACUGUACGAUCGUUUUAAAACACGGUCGUUCGUUCGAUCGAGAAACGCGUAAUAGAGACGUAUAGCCAUUCGAAAUUCACGUAGGAGUUACUUCGUUCGAACAAUGUUUACAUCCGAUCCGAAUAUUUCGAUAUCUUGUUAAUUGUUUCUUGAUAUCGAUUCGACGCCACUUUCUAGCGAAUAUACGGAGCAUGCAUAGACCAAUUAUUUGUUAGCAAUUUCUGAUCGUUGUACGCAUACAAGACUUUUCAACGGUUAAGGCGCACACUAUACGCAACGAUAUGAAUUUGUCAUGAACAUCUGGGGAAUAUCGUAACAUCAGGAGUAAAUAAAUUUGUAUUCACUUUUA